GAGAACAUCCGAUAUGGCCGAACCGACGUGACGCAGGAGGAGAUUGAACAAGCUGCCAAGGAAGCAAACGCUUAUGACUUCAUUAUGAAGCUACCCGAUAAGUUUGGGACUCUGGUGGGAGAUCGGGGGACUCAGAUGAGCGGAGGACAAAAGCAGAGGAUCGCCAUCGCCCGAGCUUUAGUCCGCAACCCCAAAAUCCUCCUGUUGGAUGAAGCCACAUCUGCGCUCGAUGCUGAGAGUGAGACCAUCGUGCAGGCGGCGCUUGAUAAGGUCCGGUUGGGUCGAACCACACUAAUCGUGGCUCACCGCCUUUCAACAAUCAGAAACGCUGAUGUUAUUGCCGGCUUCAAAGAUGGCAAGGUUGUAGAGGUGGGAACUCACAGCGAGCUGAUGGAAGGAAAGGGAGUCUACCAAACACUGGUCUCCAUGCAGACGUUUCAGAAAAAUGCGGAGGAGGAGCAUGAGCCGUCUGCAGAUGAGAGAAGCCCAGGAGUCAGGUCGUUGUCUGAGUCUUCUCUCUUCAAGAGGAAGAGCACAAAAGGUGCAUCCUUUAAAACUUCAGAAGGGGACAAAGAGGAAAAGAAAAAGUUGACUGGUGAUAACUUGGAGGAUGAAGACGUUCCCCCUGUGUCGUUCCUCAAAGUGAUGGCUCUGAACACUUCAGAGCUGCCAUACAUUCUGCUGGGGACCCUUUGUGCCAUUAUCAAUGGUGCAAUACAGCCUGCGUUUGCCGUCGUCUUCUCAAAGAUCAUCAAUGUGUUUGCAGAACCGGACCAAGACAUUGUCAGACAAAGAUCAGUUUUCUUUUCCCUCAUGUUUGCUGCUAUUGGAGCAGUUUCCUUUGUCACCAUGUUUCUACAGGGUUUCUGUUUUGGUAAAUCUGGAGAGGUCCUCACCUUGACACUGAGACUGAGGGCCUUUAAGUCCAUGAUGAGGCAGGAUCUGGGCUGGUUUGACCAACCAAAAAACAGUGUUGGUGCGCUCACUACGAGACUGGCCACAGAUGCAGCCCAAGUGCAGGGGGCCGCAGGCGUGCGUAUGGCCACACUCGCUCAGAACUUCGCCAACAUGGGCACCGGUUUGAUCUUGGGUUUUGUGUACGGCUGGGAGCUGACUCUGCUGCUCCUGUCUCUGGUGCCCAUCAUUGCAGUGGCUGGAGCCAUUGAGAUGAAGAUGCUCGCCGGACACGCUGCUGAAGACAAGAAGGAGCUGGAGAAGGCUGGAAAGAUUGCCACAGAGGCCAUCGAGAACAUCCGCACCGUGGUCUGCCUCACAAGAGAGGAAAAGUUUGAAGCUUUGUAUCAGGAGAACCUCGAUGUGCCCUACAAAAACUCAAAGAAAAUGGCACACAUCUACGGCCUCACCUUCUCCUUUUCCCAGGCGAUGAUCUAUUUCGCUUAUGCGGCCUGUUUCCGUUUUGGUGCUUGGCUCAUUAUAGCUGGAAGGAUGAGUGUCGAAGGGGUCUUCCUUGUGAUUUCAGCCGUUCUGUUUGGUGCCAUGGCUGUCGGUCAAGUCAACUCCUUCGCUCCAAACUACGCGAAGGCCAAACUGUCUGCUGCCCACAUCAUGAUGCUGUUAAACAAGGAGCCUGCCAUUGAUAAUCUGUCAAAGGACGGAGACUGUCCGGACCAGUUUGAUGGUAAUGUGACCUUUGAGAGGGUCAAGUUUAAUUAUCCUUCACGUCCUGAUGUACCCAUCCUGCAAGGGCUGAAUCUGAGUGUAAAGAAGGGAGAAACUCUGGCCUUGGUGGGAAGCAGCGGCUGUGGGAAGAGCACCACCGUCCAGCUGCUGGAGAGGUUCUAUGACCCGCUGGAUGGGAAAGUGGUGUUGGACAAAUCUGAUGCCAAAAACUUGAACAUUCACUGGUUGAGGUCCCAGAUAGGCAUCGUCUCCCAGGAGCCCGUGCUGUUCGACUGCUCUUUGGCUGAAAACAUUGCCUAUGGAGACAACAGCCGCAAAGUCAGCAUGGACGAGAUAGAGGCAGCGGCCAAAGCAGCCAACAUUCACAACUUCAUAGAGGGUUUGCCACUGAAAUAUGACACGCAGGCAGGUGAUAAGGGGACACAGCUGUCAGGUGGUCAGAAGCAGCGAAUAGCCAUAGCCCGAGCCAUCCUCCGCAACCCCAAACUGCUGCUGCUGGAUGAGGCCACUUCUGCGCUGGACACUGAGAGCGAGAAGGUGGUGCAGGAGGCUCUGGACCAGGCCAGCAAGGGCAGGACGUGCAUCGUCGUGGCCCACCGUCUGUCCACCAUCCAGAACGCAGACCGCAUUGCUGUAUUCCAGGGAGGAGUCGUGGUGGAGCAGGGGACACAUCAGCAGCUGCUGGCAAAGAAGGGGGUCUACCACAUGCUUGUCAACAGACAGAUGGGACACAGUGACAAAUAACCCAUAGUGUCCAUAAUCUUGAGUUCUGGAUUAAACACUGGUGCCUUAGAUCAUCACUCCUCCCAUGCAGAUUCAGACAGUGGCUCCUGUGGCUUAAACCUAAAUGUAUAAAGUCUGAAUUCUGAUUGGCUGUCACUUGUGACUGUCCUUCCCACAAGAGAUUUUUGACGUUUGUGGGGUGCAGAUGUAAACGGUAAAACUGAUAUUAUUUUUCUUUUUUGGCUUACUCACUGUUGGUGGAUACAAGUUGAUUAAUGUGUACUUUUCCUGCUUAGCUAAGUGGCAGAUUUGGCUUCUAAAGAGCCUUUUUGUGCAAGUAGAAAAAGUGACCUUUGAGGUAGAUAUUUUUACUUGUAGGGAGAACACUGGAAUUAAAAAUGGCUGCAUUCUUUUUAAACAGGCUAAAGUAAAUUCAAUGACCAGUCCUCUUUGUUCGUUUGUCUAUGCACUGGUUUUAUGCCUCUGACGAUGGGAUCAUCACUGUCUGGAAUAGUUUUGGGUAAAAUCUUUAAUAUUUAUACUGUUAUGACUCAGUUCAGCGUCUUGGCUUGAGUUGGAGGACCAAAGUACCUGAGCAGUUAAAGCCUGGGAAAUGCUGCGCAAAUGUUAAUUUUCAUUUGCGACGUUUCUGUGGAAUUCACAUAAAAUGUAAUUUUGUUUCUAUUUUUUUAGAGGAUGUGCUGCUUUGUAACUGUUAAUGUUUUAUAUUCA